UGCGGCAUUGCACGGCGCGCGCUGCGGCGAGAGCCAUGGCGCAAGUUCAAGCCCGACGACCAAGAGGAGGAGAAUGCCAAGGUCAUCAGGUAGUACAGCCUGAUGGCGGCGACGGCGACGCCGAGCGGCGGCUCAUCGCCCCGGCGGACGCCUCGGGGCAGGCCGCGCACUGCGGCGGCCCCGUCGUGGAGGUCGACGACGCGUACGACAGCAAGGUCAAGAUCGGCGAGGCGCUGGAGGCGGCGGCGAGGGCGGUCGGGGACCAGCCCGUGCGCGGGUCCGACGCGGCGGCGAUAAGCUCCGCGGAGGCGAGCGCGGGCGCGGGCGUCGUCCCCGGCGGCGUCGCCGAGCAGGCGCAGGCGGCGGCGGACGCCAACGCCGGUGCCGCGCCGCCCGCGGAGGACACGGCGAUCACCAUCGGCGACGUCCUCGCGUGGAACGCGACGGCGAUGCUGCCGACGGAGAAGGCGGUGACGGCGGAGGACGCGGCGGCGGCGGCGGGAGCGGAGGUGGAGAAGGACCCCGGCGAGGGGACCAGGCCCUACGGUGUGAGCGCGGCGCUCGCCGCGGCGGCGAAGCACAACCGGGAGGACGCCGAGUGCCAGUCGAAGAGGAGCGCGCAGCCACGGGCAGCCGACGAAUGUACACCCGCUCUGGCCGAGCAGUUCGACCAAAUCUAGCGAAUUUAGCAUGCGUUUGAUUAUGUAUUAGCGCGCGGUUUGCCGAACGCUAAGCGAAUUUAGCGAGUGCUUGAAUCCAAUAAAAUAAUUAAUAAUAUGCGUUUGAUCAAGUAUUACUAACACGCAAGAAUUAUUAGACUUUUUUAUCGUAAAUAAA